AUGGCUCUGGAUGAGCACCUACCCUCCCCACGCGCAGAUGUCGCUAUCCACUGCGGCGAUUUGACGGAAGAGUCCAAAUUGGCUGAAAUGCGAACAACUCUGGGACUCCGGAAGGAAAUCGAUGCACCUCUGAAACUCGUUAUUGCCGGAAAUCACGACUUCACUUUAGACAUACCGUCCUUCAAACAGAAGGUCGAAGAUGCACGGCCUCCUCUCGAGCCCGCGCUUGUGACAAAGGAGUACGGUGAUUACGGUGAAGCAGAACGGCUCUUCUUAGAAGCACAAGAACACGGAAUUCGACUUCUCCGGGAAGGCACUCAUCGCUUCGUUCUGUCAAAUGGUGCUGAAUUGACGGUAUAUACAAGUCCCUAUACACCGUCAUUGGGCGAUUGGGGCUUCCAAUACAAGCCGGAUCAGGGACAUGCAUACAACAUUGAGAAGGGCACUGAUAUUGCCAUUACGCAUGGACCACCGCGAGGUGUCUUGGAUCGAACCAACGGUCGCGAACGUGGAGGCUCCUCUGAGCUGUUCGCUGCCGUGGCUACAUUGAGACCACGUAUCCACUGCUUUGGCCACAUUCACGAAAGCUGGGGCGCUAAGAUGAUAACUUGGAGAGAAGCACAGAGCCAUCAGUCAUCAUAUUUGACCGAUAUAGACAACGGCAAAUCCGAAGUUCUCGAAAUACUCAACACAAUCCUACCGGGAAAGUACGACACGCCCGAAACUAUAGCGCUCAAGGACGCGAAGCUCGUGAGGUACGGCAAGCAAAGACAUUGCCACACGAGUCACUGCCAUGACGACGGGUUUCCUCUGCAGGUCGAGAAGCAGACUUUGUUCGUGAAUGCAGCGAUCAAGGGUGGCGACGAUGAGUUGCCAGUGCAGUUUCCGUGGCUUGUGACUUUAGAGCUGCCUAGACCAGAGGUCACAAAACAGAUGGAAGCCAUGCUCAACAUUCAUAAUGGCAUCAGAGGUGAGCGUAACUUCUGCGGAAAGUGA